AUGUAAAAUUUCGAGUUGCCACAUUCUAAAUUAUUUUGGUACAUCCAAGAGUUGUAUAAAUAACAAUUGAUAGAUGAUCAUGAAAAAUAACAAUUAAAAGAAAAAGUAAUAAUUGAGCAAGUGGAAAUUUUUUAAUAACUUGAAUAAUAUGAGCAAAAGAAGGAUGACGAAAUGCUCACUUAAUAACUUAUUUCCUUGGUUAGGUAGAAAGAUUUAGCAGAAUUGUUUGGAUUAAAUAUUAGAAAGAAUCUUUAUCAUGAUAAUUCAGAAUACGAAUUUCCAGGCAAGGUACAACGAUCUCCUCAUUCCGGUCCUAAAUCAAGAUAGUCAGAAGACCUAUUGCCCCCUGAAUUCUGA